GGGAUGCGUCUCCAACCUCAUCGCGCCCAACACCACGCCUGCACCCCUAUCACCGUCCACCACCCAUGGGGCUUCCGCGCCUCGCCAACACCAUGCCCCAGACCCCGCCGCUCGCUUUCGUCGCUGUCAUCGCCCGCCGCGUAGAAGCUCUAGUAGCCUGAGCACCCUGCGGUCACCCAACAUGGACGUGCCCGAGUCGUCGUCGUCCUCGACGCCCUCCUAUCACCAGGCACGCGCCAUCGCCGCCGUCGUCCUCGCCAUCCUUAGCGGCGCGUUCGAUCUCCUCGUCCGCCUCGCCCGCUCGCUCUGGGCCGUGCCCUGGCGCUGGGCGCUCUCGCAGCUCGUCCACGUCGUCGCGCUGCCCCUCCGCCUCGUCGUCUGGCUGCCGCUCUCGUACGUCGCGCGCUUCCUGCUCGUGCUCUUCGCGCCCGCGCUGUACGCCGUGUCGUAUGCAAGCUCGUGCGUUAGGGCGGCGAUCGCGUUUGUCGUGAGCUUAGAGCCAUUAUACACAUUCUUUGGCGCAGCUGCAGGCCUGGGCAUCGUUACUGGCAUUGUCCUCGCCGUUACCUCUUCCAUCAUCACCUCGCACCUCGGCAUGCACGACGAGGAGCUGGACGCACACGAGGCGUCGCUGGACAAACCCGAGAAAUUUAAACCAGGGCGGCGUGACAUCACUGCCGCUGUUCCGGAGACAGACUGGUAUUGGACUGAGUCCUCGCCUUCAGGGCGCCGUCGGCCGUCUGGACUGCUAUCACAGACGAUCCACGAAGAGGAUGACGAUUCAGACCUGUAGUUUUGUGGUUUCCGGCGCAAUUUGGCAUGGCCUGUUAUUCCCGUCUCCUUAUACUCGUCUACACGGAUGAGGCGAAACAAGAUACCCUUAUCGAGCCUUGUCGCCCACUAAGUACACAUCAAUAUACCCUUUCUGACUUCC